GCCGCCGCCGCCAUGCCCUCGGCCAAACAAAGGGGCUCCAAGGGCGGCCACGGCGCCGCGAGCCCCUCGGACAAGGGCGCCCACCCGUCGGGCGGCGCGGAUGACGUGGCGAAGAAGCCGUCGCCGCCGCAACAGCAGCCGCAGCCGCCCGCGCCGCACCCGCCGCAGCACCCGCAGAACCAGGCGCACCGGGGCGGCCACCGCGGCAGGUCCGCCGCCGCCGCCGCCGCGUCCUCCGCGUCCUGCUCCCGCAGGCUUGGCCGGCUGCUCAACUUUCUCUUCUACCUCUCCCUGGUGGCGGCGGCCGCCUUCUCGGGCUGGUAUGUCCAUCACGUCCUGGAGGAGGUCCAGCAGGUCCGGCGUGGCCACCAGGACUUCUCCCGUCAGAGGGACGAGCUGGGCCAGGGCUUACAGGGCGUCGAGCAGAAGGUACAAUCUCUGCAAGCCACGUUUGGGACUUUCGAGUCUAUCCUGAGAAGCUCUCAGCAUAAACAGGAUCUCACAGAGAAAGCCGUGAAGGAAGGGGAGAGUGAGAUCAACCGCAUCAGCGAAGUUCUACAGAAGUUGCAGAAUGAGAUUCUCAAAGACCUGUCGGACGGGAUCCAUGUGGUGAAGGAUGCCCGAGAGCGGGACUUCACGUCCCUGGAGAACACGGUGGAGGAGCGCCUGACAGAGCUCACCAAGUCCAUCAAUGACAACAUUGCCAUCUUCACUGAAGUUCAGAAGAGGAGCCAGAAGGAGAUGAGUGAGGUCAAGAUGAAGGUUGCCUCCUUGGAAGACUCCAAGGGGGACCGCAGUCAGGACGUGAAAAUUCUGAAAGAAGCCGUGAAGGAGGUGCAGGCCUCCAUGAAGUCUAGGGAGAGGGACAUCGAGGCCCUGAAGAGCUCCCUUCAGACCAUGGAGUCCGAUGUCUACACAGAGGUCCGAGAGCUGGUGAGCCUCAAGCAGGAGCAACAGGCGUUCAAGCAGGCGGCCGACUCAGAGCGCCUGGCUCUGCAGGCCCUCACAGAGAAGCUUCUCCAGUCCGAGGAGUCCUCCUCUCGCCUCCCAGAGGACAUCCGGAGACUGGAGGAAGAGCUGCAGCAGCUGAAGGUGGGGGCCCGUGGGUCAGAGGAGGCUGUCGUCUUCAAAGACUCUAAAGCCUUAGAUGAGCUUCACAGGCAGAUCGAGGGCCUAGGUGCCAGACUCCAGUACGUAGAGGACGGAGUCUACUCUAUGCAGGUGGCUUCUGCACGACACACUGAGAGCCUGGAGUCACUCCUGUCCAAGAGCCAGGAGUAUGAGCAACGCCUAGCUAUGCUACAGGAGCACGCGGAAAGCCUGGGCUCCUCAUCUGACCUGGCCAGCACUGUCAGGAGCCUGGGGGAGACUCAGCUGAUGCUGUCCAGCGACUUGAAGGAGCUGAGGCAAAGCCUGGGUGAGCUGCCCAGUACCGUGGAGUCACUACAGGAGCAAGUGCACUCACUGCUCAGCCAGGACCAAGCCCAGGCCACAGGCUUGCCUCCUCAGGACUUCCUGGACAGACUUUCCUCUCUAGACAACCUGAAAUCCUCAGUGAGCCAAGUGGAGUCAGACUUGAAGAUGCUCAGGACUGCCGUGGACAGUCUGGUUGCCUACUCCGUCAAAAUCGAAACAAAUGAGAAUAACUUAGAGUCAGCCAAGGGCCUGCUAGACGACCUGCGGAAUGACCUGGAUAGGUUGUUUGUGAAAGUCGAGAAGAUCCAUGAAAAGAUCUAAAUGAACUGUGUGUGUGGGCACAGUUUCUCACGACCAAAAACCAACAAAACAAAACACCCCAUGUUUUCUCCCACGUGCCCUACCACCACCUUCCCACCCCUCCCCCACCCCAGGGAAAGCAGCAGACACCGGCUGAACACCAUCCUGGUGUUCUGUGCCCAGUUAAUUUAUUUGCAGUUAUUACCACACACCUUUGGUUUCAUAAGUCCUGUUUCUGCUUUUGAUUUGGCUUCCUGAAGGCCCAGCCAGCCCUGUGCAGAAAAGGAUGUCUCCUGUUAGAAAGAUGCCAGUGGCUUUUAACUGGGGAUUAUCAGGAAGCAGAUUAACCUAAAAAAAAAAUAUCCUGUCGGGCUGACAGAUUUAUAGUAACAUAGAAAAACAACAAAGAACAGGUGGGGGGAACUUUUUUUCUUAAUUGUCUUUAAGGAAAGUUAAUUUUAUUGUAUUUUUUUAUACUUCUGGCCAGGGUUUUUAGGAGCUGUCUCUUACUUGUCUUCCAUUUAGAACUGAUAAAAACUCCUAGAAGUCAGCUCUGAAUGAGUGAAAGAGGACCCUCCCCCCACCUGCCUGAGGGUCACUUUCAGAGGCAUGUUCCCCCCCCCAAUCUAGUCAACCGCUAACUAUGCAAAUUCAGUAGGUCCUAAAGGUGAGAACAUGCACCCUGAGGCCCUGUUGCCCUUCUGUUCCUGGGGACCCAUCUGCGUCACCAGACUAGGAGGGGGUCACCAAGUGAGUUUGGAAUCCUAGAGGGAGUGUUCUUUGGGCUCUGACGUGAGAGCUGUAUUUUCCACAAAGAAUUCGGACAUCUCCCUGGGAGCUAUAGGCCAAGUCUUUUUGUUUUGUCACAGUAUCACUGGAGAGGUCUCCUGUCACCUGGCCUGGUCCCUCAGUGAGGAUCACAGUGCUGGUUUCUGUAAUUGUUCUCCAUGUACCCUCACCCUCUGAGAUGUAAUGUCUUUAAUGGCUGCCUUGCCCUUCCCACCUUCCCUCCCUCUACCCCCCCAAAAAAGGAAAGAAAAAAACCAGAAAAGGCUGAAAAGAAAAACAAGGUUUGUUAGUUUACUGUGAAAUGAACUAUAUGGCUUAUUUACAGAAUUUUUAAUUCUUAAUAAACACUUGAGCUUUGUUAUGACCGUCA